AGCGUAUCGAAGUCGUCGACAUCUAAAGCGACAAUCUUCAUCAUUGUUUUUUCCGAAGUACAGCUCUGAAAGCGAACUCUGGAUUCAAGUAUCAAUAAAUGACGACUAAACUUCUACAGACAAGGACCCGUUGAUUAAGUACAACUGGAACCCUUUUUGGUACUACGUACAUACUUUCAUCUCACAGAAGUUAUUAUAGAUACACCCAGAGCCAGACCCGUAAAAAGAAAAACAGCAAAGAAAAAUGUCAACCUCCAAGACCACGUCGAAGCGCCUCCGCCUUUUCGGUUUGCCGUUUAAGGCAAAUAACGACACCGUGAAGGAGUUUGUGGUGAGCAAUCUGAAGAAUGCGGAGAAUGCAAAACUCGCCAACUACAGCAUUGAAGUGGAGAAAGUUCAACUUGGUGCUAAAAAGCCAAAAAAGAACGGACCUAAGCGCGGAGAGGCUUGGGUGGAUCUCGUGAUGUUGCUGUCCUCUUCUGAAGGAACAGGAGAACAAGGAUCUUCAUCACUAGAAGACGUAGCAGACGACGUCGUCAAAGCUUUAGACAGGAAACACAUGGAAGACCGAUUCAUCGAAGUGAGUUGGCUUGAUGUGGAUAAUGGAUGUGAUAAAGUUGACAAAAAGGAAGUAGAGGUAGAGCAGGCUGGGAAAGAGCAAGCCGAUGAGCCUUUAUCCAAAAAGCGGAAAAUCGGUGCUGCGAAUGAUGUUGAAGAUGCGGAAUCUCCUGCCUCCGAACAGAGCACAGCAGCAGCAGCAAGUCCCUCUUCUUCAUCAGAAGUUGCGACAAGUAGAAGUACAUCAAGAGGAACAGAAAAUCUUGCCCUCCGGCUAUUCGGAUUACCGUUUACAGCGACCGCUGCAGAGGUAAAGGAGUUUCUCGUGACAAAUAGCAUUGAAGAAGAAACAAGUACUUCUAGUGCAUCAUCAAACAAGUCAAUAGCAGAAAACCUCGAUGCAGAUGGUGAUAUUUGGAUCGGCACAACUCCGAAGUGGGAACUUCAAGACGUUGCACCAUGUAAGGGAGAAGCCUGGGUGUACAAAUAUGUCGAGAAAGUCGACAGCACAUGUGCGGAGGAGUCUACGUUGAAGUCCACUCUCACGUCCGCCUUCCACAACAAGCAACUCGGUAAACGCUAUUUGGAGAUCUCCUUCGUUGACGUGACGACUGGUGAAACAAUCUGGUAUGCGACAGAUCCAGCGAAGGCUAAAGAGCAGCAAAAGGGCAAAGGAAAAGACGGCAAAGGUGCUAAGGGAGCAAAAGGAAAAGGAAAGGACGGCUCGGUCGACAGCAGCAAGGGGAAUCGUGAGCUAUUCGUUCGUUUCCUACCCUAUGAGGCAGAUAGCGACGACGUGUCAAAUUUUUUCUCCUCGGCAGGUGAGAUCGAACGCGUGAAGCUGUACCAGAAAGCAGGAUUAGGCUUUAUCACUUUUAAGAGUGAAGAGGCAGCUAGGAAUGCUGUCAUAGAGUUCGACAAUGCGCCUUGGAACAGUCGGAGACUUCGAGUCUGCCUCAGCAGUGAAAAAGACUCGGACAAGGACAAAAAGAACCAGGCAGAGACGGAAAACACGGAAGAAGAUCGGACGAAACUCUUUUUCCAAGGGUUGCCUUUUGACUGCACUGUGAAGGACAUCAAGGCGCUUAUGGACGUAGAUGAAGAGGCUAAAACGAGUGUCGCUGUGGAACUUUUGGUCGAGAAGGAGCGCCACAAGUUCCUGGGAAAAGCACUGGCGAAGUUCGAAACUACAAAGGAAGCAGAAGAAGCGUUGAAGAGGCUAAAUCAACAGGAGAAGCUUCUCAUUCGCAAUCGACUAGUCCGCGUUGCUUUCGUCAGAAACAAGAACGCAACAGCAGACCACAGUGGAAAAGGAAAAGGAAAGAAGCAGAAGGUGUAUUACCAUCAGCUGUUUAUGAAGUUCCUCCCACUGGAAGCUGCCGAGGAUGAUAUCAAAAAGUGGUGUGCCGAGAACGACAUCUUCUAUGAGGACCAGGACAGCUCUGCCUCAACAGAACGACCAGAUUUUCAGUCCUCUGGCCGUUCUGGUUGUCUCCGCCGCAUCAAGCUGUGCAAAGAUGCUGACGGAUACUCGAAGGGUAUUGGCUUCUUGUUCUUUGAUACAGAAGAAGCGGCGACGCAGGGUGUAGAAAGCCUGAAUGGUGCGGAAUUCUGGGACAAACACGUCGAGGUUACGUGGGCGACUGGUAGAUAAGAUCCUCUACCGUAGGAGGAACUACCCCCCACCUUGCAUUUGACAUUCAAAGAAUCACACAAAGAUGCCACUGAAUGGCAAUGAAAGCCGAGCGCGAAUCUAGAUGCUCAUUCUCGGAAUAAUAUCGAACUUGGUUGUUCUUGAACGUCGUUUGGAGGGUAGCCCACUACACAAGCGACGUUGGGAACAAAUCUCUUAGAACGUUUGGAAAUGAAAAACUAGGCGCAUUUGGGCUCUCGGGUCAGAGUGGGAUCCUGGCGUGCUGCUGCGGAGCGUUGAGUGAUGAGCCCUGUACGUAGGAGGAACUACCCCCCACCUUGCAUGUAAUCAUCUGUGCGUAUGACUAAUAUGAGCACUAUGCUGAACUUGACAAUCGAGGUUGUUCGUUGACUUGAAAAAACAAAAUGAUACUAUCGUAUUGACCAUCGCUGAACAAGUAGAAAUGCCAGUCUCUUCGCGUCUCGAAUCUGUCGAGGACCAUAGUUGAACAAGUAAAAAUGCCAGUCUCUUCGCGUCUCGAAUCUGUCGAGGACCAUAGUUGAACAAGUAAAUGCCAGGCUCUUCGCGUCUCGAAUCUGUCGAGGAUCUGUCGUUUCGUCUCGAAUCUGCCGAGGAC